UAAUGUUUUAUUAUUUUGCAGAAAUUUCAAGAAUUUUAAAAAUAUUUUUAAAUUAUUUAACUGAAAUUUGAAUUAUUAUCUCACAAGACUUCUAACACGUCACGAUGAACAGAAACGUUCGAAUUGAAUUGUCUACGUCACAAGAGGAUUGGAAAGUAGUUCGAGAAUGCUACGUUCAAUCUUUCCAUCGAUACCCGUUGUAUAAGUACAUGAUUCCCGAUGAUAAUAAGAGGGACGCCUUCCUUCGCGCUUAUCUCGACGCUAACUAUGACGUCACAGUCGCCACUGGCCAAGGCAUUCUAUUGGCUGUCAAACUUUCACAAACGGAUUUAAACAACAACAAUAACAACAACAGUAACCCACUUAAAUGCAACGAAAGCGAAUGCUCUACAAACUGCAGCAACAACGAUGCUACAAGUAACAAUAACACAACAAACAAGAACAUCAGAACAACAAUCAUUGGAGGGGUCGUGUUCGUUCCUCCGUCACGUGACGGUCACGGUUGGGCGAUUACAGACGACGAGCCUUACUGGGAAGCUUACGAGAAACAUGGACUCGCUAAAAUCAGCGCAGAAGGAUUUGAGAGAGUCAAAAGAUACGAGGCGUGGGAAAAUGAAAACAUUUGCCGGAAGUUAUCCGGAAGUCGAAUCCCGAUGUGGAACGGACUCUUCUGCGCGAUCUCACCCGAGUACUCGUCCAAAGGACUCGGGAGCGCUGUUUAUAAAGAAGCGAUUCGAAUCAUGGCUCAAUACUGGGUGAAGCAACAGAAAGAAUCGCGAGCUCAGCUUUCUAGAACGAGACCUCAGAGUGAGCGGUUGGUCAGAAACGAUUCGCAAUUGCUUGAACCAGCGAAAGAAAACAAGGGAGUUGUAGGAAAACUAUUGAGAAGUUUUUCCCUGAAAGAAAUCCACCGCUAUGCUCUCCUCAGUCACAGAGCGUUACCACAAGCAGCGUUCAUGCAGAAGCCGAGGUCGAUACAGCAGCAACAUUCGUCUACAGUCGCAACCAAACCCACCGAAGACCAAACCAAACCUAACGAUGCCAUCCGCGCCAGAGACAUUGUUGGCAACCCUUCAGCGCCCCUAGUGGUCGCCGUCAGUCACAGCGACAGAGCCGCGCGCUUCCACGAGGCAAACGGAUUUCACCCAAUCGCACGAACCCCCUACCAUGACAAAGUCGAAGGAUUUUCACCUUUUUACACCCACGUUCUAGUACUCGACCCGUUUAGAACUGGAAGAGUGGAUGAAAUAACAGUGGCAAUGAACGAAGAAAGCACGGACCUUUUGGCACAGCAAUUGGCCGAAUACGUUAUGGUACAAUGUUGAUUAUGAACGUCACAAUACGUGAAACAAUCAUCACUGUGUACAUUGUUAUAAACAAUCAGGAAAAAUGUGCCAUAAUGCAUAAAACGAAUCAAACAAUUUUUAGGUUUCACGCUUUUACUAUGCUAUUGUACCGCCUUUUUAUGCAAGCUGUUUGAUAAACACUCAAACGGCUAAAGUUGUUGUUUCACGUUUUCGCCUUAGUCACAAUAAAUACUUUGUUUUACUA